CCCUUCUUUGCCCCCAUUUUCUCACCUCGCUCAAACAAAUCAAAAGCAGCACCCAAAUAUCUCUCUCUCGACACUCUGCUUCUGUUUCGGUCACCGAUCAUCCAUGGCUAAUAAUUCCCUCUCCGAUUCCCGUCACGGCCUCUCCCUCACGCCUCCUUUCCAGAUCUCCAAAGAUGCUCAAGGUUCUGACAAUCCUAUUCCGCUGUCACCGCAGUGGCUUCUGCCAAAACCAGGCGAGAGUAAACCUGGAGUGGGAACAGGGGAAAGCAGCCCGCUUCCAGCUUAUGGCAAUCGCUCAGAUAGCAUGAAGUCAUCAGGAAACACCGAGGAGAUGCAUGACCAGAAGAAAAAGGAUGUUUUUCGGCCUUCCUUGCUUGAUAUGGAAACUGGUCGUCGUGAUCGUUGGCGUGAUGAAGAAAGAGACACCAAUUCCACCAUGCGUAAAGAUCGCUGGAGAGAUGGAGAUAAAGAGCUUGGCGAUAGCCGGCGGAUGGAGCGCUGGACAGAGAAUUCAUCCACCAAACACUAUGAAGCACGCCGUGCCCCUUCCGAGCGCUGGACUGAUUCAAGUAACAGGGAAACUAAUUAUGAUCAGCGGCGUGAGAGCAAAUGGAACACACGCUGGGGGCCGGACAACAAAGAUACAGAAGGUUCGCGUGAGAAGUGGUCAGACUCUGGCAGAGAUGGUGACACACCAUUUGAAAAGGGGCUGUCUCAUCAUUCUGGCCAUGGAAAAGAUGAACGGGAGGUUGAUCAUUAUCGUCCAUGGAGAUCUAACUCCUCCCAAGGUCGAGGGAGGGGAGAGCCACCUCAUCACCAAUCUUUAACACCGAACAAGCAGGUUCCAACAUUUUCGUAUGGUCGAGGACGUGGGGAAAGUACUCCAACGUAUCCUCUUGGUCGUGGAAGGCUUAGCUCUGGUGGAAUCUCCACGAACAGCAUUUCUACUAAUUCUCAAUAUUCGGGAGGUAUUUCAGACAAAGGAGAAAGUGGUCAGUUAAGCUAUAGUAGGACUAAAUUGGUAGAUGUAUACAGGAUGACUGACAUGAAAUCACGCCAACUACUGAACGGGUUUGUGCAAGUGCCUUUGCUUACACUGGAAGAGCCCUCAGAGCCACUGGCACUCUGUGCACCCAAUCCUGAGGAAUUGGUAGUUUUGAAAGGAAUUGACAAAGGGGACAUAGUAAGCAGUGGUGCACCUCAGAUAUCAAAAGAAGGAUCUCUUGGUCGGAACUCAAUUGAUUCUACACAACCAAUGAGAGCCAAGCCUGGUGGUAAGGAAGAUGUGCCACACUCUUUUGAUAAUGGUAAAGAUGAAAGCCUCGACAUUUUGACGGGCGGUCAUGGAACAUAUUCUGAUGGAUUGUCUCAUGAAAGACAGACACAAUAUCAUGGGUCGAGCUCAAAAUUGGAAAUGAUGCAGGAACCUAAGAUGUAUUCUGAUGACAAGUUCAAAGUUGAAGCUUUUAGAGAAACCAGUCCUUACAAAAAGGAUGAUGAGGUGCCUAGAAGUAGGGAAUUGAAUGUGGAGGGAAAUACUUCUGCGCAUUCUGGAACUCCAUGGCGAGCCCCAUCAUUGGUAGAGCAGUUCAAUACUGUCUCGCAUGACUGGAGAGAUGCUUCCAGUGAUGUCAGGUCAAGGGCUGCUGAUAUGGCCCGGAAUCAACCCCCAAAAGAUUCUGAAAAUCCAUGGGAAAGCAAUGCGGCCAAUCCAUCAUUCUCUAGAGACGAAGCAAAAUGGCAGACCAAUGAGGAUCCCAUUAUGAAAAGGCAGCCAUCUGCUGCUCUGGACAGGGAGCAAGAGGUCAAGAAGUUUUCACAACCCUCUCCUGAGAGCCUGGUUCUGUAUUAUAAGGAUCCCCAGGGUGAAAUUCAAGGUCCCUUUUCUGGCAGUGAUAUCAUUGGGUGGUUCGAGACUGGAUAUUUUGGCAUAGAUUUGCAAGUUCGGCUGGCAAAUGCAUCACAGGACUCACCCUUUUUGUUGCUUGGUGAUGUAAUGCCUCAUUUGCGAGCCAAGGCAAGGCCACCACCUGGGUUUGCUGGGACAAAACAGAAUGAAUUCACUGACACAUCUAGCAGGCCAAACAUUAGCAGCUUUGGAAACAUGCAUCCUAGCUUAAAGGAGUUUGAUAUUAUAAGAAAUGAUCCAAGGUCUAAACCUGGUUCAGCAACAGAAGCUGAAAACCGAUUCUUAGAGUCACUGAUGUCUGGAAACUUGGGUCCUUCAUCACAAGGUUCUCAAGGAUUUACUGGAAAUAGUUCUGGUGGUGUGCCAUCAUUGGGAGUUGAUGGUGGGAACGAUCUACACCUGAUGGCAAAGAAAAUGGCACUUGAACGACAGAGAUCAUUACCUGGUCCUUAUCCAUUUUGGCAGGGAAGAGAUGCUCCAUCCAUAGUUUCAAAGUCAGAAGUUCACCCAGACUCCCUGAUGCAACAUGCAAAACUCCUAUCCUCUUUGUCUGACAAUCCGCAUCAGCCUCCUCUUUCUCAAAAUGCUGAUUUGAUGUCCAUUCUUCAAGGCCUAUCUGACAGGCCUGUCUCUGGCAUAAAUAAUGGCGUUAGUGGUUGGUCAAAUUUCCCUGCCCAGGAGAGCUUGGAUCCACUUCAGGAUAAGAUUGACUUGCUCCAUGCUCAGAAUUUUCCACCACAAGUUCUCUUUGGGCAACAACAGAGACUGCAGCGGCAGAACCCACCUUUAACAAACCUGCUUGGUCAAGGUAUAGAUAACCCGUCUGGUAUUUUGACACCUGAAAAAUUGUUGCCCUCAGCUUUACCCCAGGAUCCACAAUUACUCAACUUGUUGCAACAGCAGUACUUGCUGCAGUCACAUUCCCAGCCUCCUAUUCAAACACAGCAGCUUUCAGUGUUAGAUAAGCUUUUGUUACUCAAGCAGCAGCAAAAACAGGAGGAGCAUCAACAGUUGUUGUGGCAACAACAGUUACUUUCCCAAGCUAUGCCAGAGCACCAUUCUCAUCAGCGUUUUGGUGAGCCAUCUUAUGGAAAAUUACAGACUGCUUCAAUAGCUACAGGAAAUGCUCCUGUGGAUCCUUCUCGGCUUCAGCUGUCUAAAGAAUUGCUUACAACUGGUCUACAGUUGCCAGUUUCAAAUGUUCAAGGUGAACACACUACCAGUUUAUUGAAUUUGCCACCUCAAGUUACCCAUGACGUCACUUAUAAUGUCAAUUCUGAAGCAUCUUCUCUCCAUCUUCCACAUCAAAUGUUUGGGAAUGUUAAUCUUCAAAAAAGCUGGGGUACAAGUCCAGGAAAACUAGGUGAUAUUCAUCCGAAAGAAUCUUUACCAGCAUCACCAUUUGUUGAUAGCUCACCCUUGCCAGGGCGGAUGAACAAAUCUUCACAUGAGGCUUCUGUUGCAUCUGAACCUGUCCCCUCUUCUGACUUCCGUGUUCCUCUUUCACUGGAUCAUACAUCAGAAGUCCCUUGGAGAACUGAAGAAAGUGCAAAGGUUUUGGUAUCUGAGGCUACUGCAGAUUCUGUUCAUCAAGAUUCUCAUGAAAUCUCUGAUCCAGUAGCGUCAGCAGGAACUGGUGAGAAUGCAAUUUCAAAGCCCGAACAUGCCAGUGCUCUAAAAGUUGAACUAGAUAGCACACUUGAUGAGCAGCAGAUUGAUAGAGAUCGAUUGAAUACUGAGCCUGAAGUGGCAACAGUAGUGAAAAACAUUGAAAUUCGUGAGACAAGAAAAGCUUCUGAGAAGAAAUCCAGAAAGCAAAAAUCUGCCAAGUCAAACUCCUCUUCUGACCAGGCAAAGGUAGCAAUAAAGGCUUUGUCUUUGCAGCAAUCAAAGCAAUCUGAAAAUGAGGGGCCAAAUGCUGGUCUAACAAGAUUUGAAUCACAUGAUGGAACUGGAGAAAAUCUUUCUGGGACAUCUCCACAAAAGGCAAGAGACAACAAGUUUGGGACUUCUGCAGAAGUAGUCGAAUCCCAGCAGGUUACUAGUUCAUUGCCUGCCAUCAAUUCUGGCGAGGGUGAAUCGAAACUGGCUGGGUCCGUCCCGGUUCUUAGUGCACAGAUUCAAUCAAGUCAACGUGCUUGGAAACCUGCUCCUGGUUUCAAACCGAAGUCAUUGUUGGAAAUUCAACAGGAAGAGCAAAGGAAGGCUCAGGUUGGCCUGGCAGUUUCUGAGACCAGCACUUCUGUCAACCACGCAAGUUCAUCAACUCCCUGGGCUGGGGUUGUGGCUAGUUCAGACCCAAAAAUUUCUAGAGAUAUUCAAAGAGAAAUGAAUAAUACUGACAUAAAUGUGGGAAAAGCAGAAAUUUCACUCUCUUCUAAGAGCAAGAAAAGUCAGUUACAUGAUCUAUUGGCAGAAGAAGUUUUGGCAAAAUCUAAUGAAAGAGAGAUGGGAGUUUCUGAAUCUUUAUCUGGCCUGACUACUCAACCAGUUGCAACUAACAGUUUAGAAUCUAUAGAUGAUGGAAACUUUAUUGAGGCUAAAGACACUAAAAAGAAUCGCAAAAGGUCUGCUAAAGCAAAGGGGGCUGGAGCUAAGGUGGUAGUGCCUAUACCUUCUACUGAAAUGGCUGUUAAUUUAAGUCCCAUUGAGAAAGGGAAAGGCUCUCGCUCUGUGCAGCAGGAGAAGGAAGUAUUGCCUGCAAUUCCAUCUGGCCCUUCUUUGGGAGAUUUUGUUUUUUGGAAGGGAGAGCCAGCAAACCAUUCUCCUUCUCCAGCAUGGUCUGCUGACUCCAAGAAGCUUCCAAAGCCCACAUCUUUAAGGGACAUCCAAAAGGAACAGGAGAAAAAGGUCUCUUCUGCCCAGCCUCAGAAUCAAAUACCAAUUCCUCAGAAACCUCAGCCCGCUCAAUCCGCACAUGGAAGUGGAUCUUCAUGGCCGCAUUCUGCAUCUUCUCCUUCAAAGGCUGCUUCUCCUAUCCAGAUAAAUUCCCGUGCUUCUUCUCAGUCAAAAUACAAAGGAGAUGAUGAACUAUUUUGGGGCCCGAUUGAUCAAUCUAAGCAGGAGCCUAAGCAGUCAGAAUUCCCUCAUAUUUCAAGCCAGGGAAGUUGGGGAACCAAAAAUACUCCUGUAAAAGGAGCACCAGUUGCAUCACUAGGGAGACAGAAAUCUAUGGGCGGCAGAUCUGCAGAGCAUUCACUUUCAUCUUCAACAGCCACUACUCAGUCAUCUCUUAAAGGGAAACGAGAUACGAUGAACAAGCAUUCAGAGGCCAUGGAGUUCAGGGCUUGGUGUGAAAAUGAAUGUGUUAGACUUGUUGGGACUAAAGAUACAAGUUUCUUGGAAUACUGCUUGAAGCAAUCCAGAUCAGAGGCGGAGAUGCUUCUGAUAGAAAAUCUUGCAUCAUUUGAUCCUGAUCACGAGUUCAUCGACAAAUUCCUCAAUUGCAAAGAGAUGUUAGGAGCAGAUGUUCUUGAAAUAGCCUUUCAAAGGCAGAAUGAUUGGAAGACCAGCGGGAUCAGUGCCAAAGAUGUGACUUUUGACAAUGCAGGUGUUGAAGAUUAUGACCGUGAAGAUGGGUCGGGGAAGGGUGGAAGCAAGAAGAAAGGGAAAAAGGGGAAGAAGGUCAACCCUUCUGUUUUAGGAUUUAAUGUUGUCAGUAACCGGAUCAUGAUGGGCGAGAUUCAGACACUAGAAGACUAGGAGUUUUGGAUGGUAGUUGUAAAUACGCUUUGACUACACUGUUAGUAAAUGUUUUACAUUAGGAUCAAGUUUCUCUACAUAGAUCAACAGCAGCAGUAUCAAUUUGAUCUGCUCAAGCAAUUUUGUGGACUAAAAUUCCUGCGGUAGAGUUACUGUCUUUUUUGUCAGAGAAAACGAAGAUUUAUCAUAAACCAUGAAGGCAACCUUGACUGGUGCAUUGUUUU